AUGAGGAUCCGUUCGGUUGUGCUUGUGGUGUUCGCACUGGUGUGCUGUGCUUUCGGUGGCCGACUUCGUUCAAGGAACGAUGAUGUCGGUGAUGAAGAAGCCGCAGCUCGCCACUACGUGGAGCAUAUUGACGUGGAGAUUCUGGAGCGGCGCAAUGUUGGCGUCGAAGCCGAAUGGGCCUACGAGUCCGAUAUCAACGAUGCCAAUUUGUUGGUGAAAAAUGAGGUGGCUGCUGCGAACGCCGUGUUCCUCAAAGAAGUAGCCGAUACGCUGAACAAGUAUGACUAUGAGAGCUUCCAAGAUGAAGAUUUGAAGCGGAAAAUGCGAAAGCUAACGAAACUGGGAUAUUCCGUGUUGCCGGAGGAUAAGUUCGCUGACAUGCUGGACGCCAUCAAUAGGAUGCAAGAUAACUACGCUAAGGUGAAGGUGUGCGACUACCACGACGGUAGCAAGUGCGAUUUGGCCCUUGAACCGGAGCUGACGGAGAUCUUUGCCACCAGCCGUGACCCUGAGGAGCUGAAGUACUACUGGCAGCAGUGGUACGAUGCGGCCGGAGCCCCAACGCGAGACGAUUUCCAGAAAUAUGUCGACCUGAACGGUGAAGCAGCGCGGAUGAAUAAUUACGCGACCGGUGCUGAAUACUGGCUGAGUGCGUACGAGGACGAUACGUUCGAGGAACAGGUCGACGCCGUGAUGGAGCAGCUACGUCCACUGUUCGAGCAGAUACACGCAAACGUGCGCUUUCAGCUGCGGAAGUACUACGGAGAUGAUGUGGUGUCCGAAAAGGGUCCGAUUCCGAUGCACCUGCUUGGAAACAUGUGGGCACAGGAUUGGGCAGGAGUCGCAGAUAUCACCAGUCCAUUUCCCGAUCGCCAGUUGUUGGACGUGACGGAAGAGAUGGUUCGCCAAGGAUACAAUCCAAUUCAAAUGUUCGAGAUGGGUGACGAGUUCUUCCAGUCGUUGAACAUGACAAAGUUGCCAGACUCAUUCUGGGAGAAGAGCAUUCUCGAGAAGCCGGAUGACGGACGGGAUUUGGUGUGCCAUGCUAGCGCCUGGGAGUUCUCGAAGACGGAUGACGUGCGUAUUAAGCAGUGCACUCGCGUGACGAUGGAUCAGUUCUUCACGGCACACCACGAGCUAGGGCAUGUGCAGUAUUUCCUGCAGUAUCAACACCUUCCCAGCAUGUACCGAGAUGGAGCCAACCCUGGCUUCCAUGAGGCCGUGGGUGAUGUGCUUUCUCUGUCGGUUUCCACCCCGAAGCAUCUCGAAAAGAUUGGCCUCCUGAAGGACUUUGUGUUGGACGAAGAAUCCAAGCUGAAUCAAUUCUAUAGUGCCGCCUUGAAUAAGCUUGUGUUCUUGCCGUUCGCUUACACGAUUGACAAGUACCGUUGGGGAAUCUUCCGUGGGGACAUUAAACCUGAAGAGUACAACUGCAAGUUCUGGGAGAUGCGCUCCAAAUUUGGAGGUGUUGAACCUCCAGUAGUUCGCUCGGAAGCUGAUCUAGACGCACCCGCGAAGUACCACGUGUCGGCUGAUGUCGAAUACCUGCGCUACUUUGUAUCGUUCAUAAUUCAGUUCCAAUUCCAUCGUGCUGCUUGUGAGAAGGCAGGAGAGUACGUUCCAGGGGAUCCGGAAAAGACGCUGAACGAUUGCGAUAUCUAUCAGAGUGUUGAAGCGGGCAAUGCGAUUAAAGCGAUGUUGGAGCUGGGUUCUUCUAAGCCGUGGCCCGAUGCGAUGGAGGUGCUUACAGGAGAAAGACGCAUGAACGCGGACGCCCUGAUCGAGUACUUCCAGCCGUUGUACGAUUGGUUGGUGGUUGAAAACGAUCGCCUUGGAGCCCACGUUGGAUGGGAAGAAACCACGAGUAAGUUAUGGAAUGUGUGCCAUACUAGAGCAUAG